CGGCUUGGCCCCGCCCCUCGGCCGCCGGGGCAAUGGCGCUGUGCGAGGCGGUGGCGCGCGGGAGCUCCGGGUCCUGGCCUCGGGUGCUACUCUUCGGAGACUCCAUCACCCAGUUUUCUUUCCAGCAAGGUGGAUGGGGAGCGUCCCUGGCUGACAGGCUGGUCAGGUGAGAAGGGUUUCUAGACGGAUCCGGAUCCCUGAGUGUUUGCUGAUGGGGGAGAGAGAAAAAUGCGAUGUUUUGAACCGUGGGUUUUCAGGUUACAAUACCAGAUGGGCCAACAUUAUCCUUCCAAGACUCCUCAGGAACGGGGACGGUUCGGACAGCCCCGUCGCAGUCACGGUCUUCUUUGGUGCCAAUGACAGUGCGCUAAAAGACGAGAAUCCCAAGCAGCACGUCCCGCUGGCGGAGUUCGCGGCCAACCUGAAGAGCAUGGUGCAGCAGCUGCGGGCCGCGGGCGUGCCAGCCGCCGGCCUGGUCCUCAUCACGCCGCCCCCGCUCUGCGAGGCGGCCUGGGAGCAGGAGUGCCUCCGGCAAGGUUCCAAGUUAAACCGCCUGAACGCGGUAGUUGGUGAAUAUGCCAGAGCCUGUGUACAAGUAGCCCAAGACUGUGGGACUGAUGCCCUUGACCUGUGGACCCUGAUGCAGAAGGACAAUCAGGACUUCUCUUCCUAUUUGUCAGAUGGACUGCAUCUGUCACCAAAAGGAAACGAGUUUGUGUUCUCCCAUCUUUGGCCUCUGAUAGAGAAGAAAGUCUCUUCCCUGCCUCUGCGGUUCCCUUACUGGCGAGACGUAGCAGAAGCCACGCCCGAGCGAAGUCUCCUGGGGGGAGGAGACCAGUAGGCCCAGACCACCAGUUCCCACGGUGGCUCCACAGAACAGCCGUCACCGGUGCAGAGAGACCCUGGGAUAAGCCGUCAGAGCGCACGGUCUUCCUCAGGUUUACACUUUGCUCCUGACUCGGGAGCAAACGUCAUUAGCACCUGCCACCAAGACUAAUAAAAGCAUUCGCACUUUUCAGGAAAGCGUUGUAGCUGGGGCGCUGUGUUUUGAUAAUCGAUGUGUAUUGAUGGAUGCAGGUGUUAUCAGUGCCACAGCUACAGCACACACCCUGAGCAGCUUGUUACUUCUAUAAAUGGAAAACCAGUAGACCAUUUCUUUAAAAAGUCGCAAUUUUAUAUUAAAAAAGUCGUUUUUCUUACAUUCAGCUCAGAACCAUUUCACUCAUUCACCCACACACCCCACUCACCUUACGUCAUAUUCCAAAAGUAUAACUAAGUAUGAGAAUAUUAGGCCCAGUUAAAAGCCAGCAAAUACCACAAGGUGUAAGUUCAAGUAUUAGUGUAACAGGUAUCUGCGUAACAAUCGUCCUUAGG